AUGCGUUCCAAGUCCGAUUCUUAUUCCUAUGUCAUUGAUAAAGCAAUGGAUGUCGAAAAAUCUAUGGGACAUCAAGAAGUUAUCAGGCAAAGCAUUACCCAACGUGCAACAUCUUUCGAGCGUGGAAAUGCCAUGAACUGGUACAGCAAGUUCCUCGCCAAAUGCUACUUCGAAUUUCUCUGUGCUAUCGCCAUUCUUACCUUGAUUCCUGUCGUUAUUAUUCUUGGCUUCAAUUGCUACUCCAAUCGAACUGAAAGUUACGUGUCUGGGCACAAGUUUCUCGUGUACGAUUUCAAGGGUGUUGCUCCAUUGAAUAACAAUUUAGUCCUCCAACCAGGAAGACAUAUCUGCGAUUUAAUUACCGAUAGUGCCCAAUGCCACGAAACAUACCUGGAGUAUGAUAUCAGUGUAUUUGUCUUCUUGUUUGUUGGAAUGAUUCUGGUUUUCUCGGCUGCAUCUAACAUAGUCCAUAGGCGUUUAUGCACAGAGAUUGAGAAAUUGCAAGGCAGAUUAAUCAGAUAUGAAGAUUUGUUGAACAAUGAGGGACAGCUGUACACUAAGGUCAUAUCAGAGAUCUUAUCCGGGGGUUUGAAGAAGAAAUUCUAG